AGUCAGGCUCAAGACAUGGAACGGGCUUGUUUCAAGGUUCGAAGGGCUCUCGACAAGCUCCGCCGUGCUGCUAUCAAGCUCGUGGAUCGUGGUGAUGAGAAGGGUUCGUCUGUGAAAGAAGAGGUUCUGGGGUUUCUCGAGAAGAUGAUUGAGCUUUUAGAGUCCACGGCGAAGAAGGUUAGUGUAGCUGCUCGUCAAGACUUAGUGACACCUGCGAUUGAUACUUUGUUUCUGCUUGCGCGCAUACGACUGGUGCCCCAGCGGACCAGUACCAUCGCCCUCUCCUUCGAGCUCCUUUCUCGGGCACUCCGGCUUAUCGGCGUAACUCCGAGUCCUAAUGACGAGCGCGCGGCGAACUACCUCCGUUGCAUAUCCGGUGCAUAUCACAACCUGGCGUGCGUGCUUUACCAAGCGGGCAUGCAUGCCUAUGCUAUCCGCUUUUUAGUCGAAGGAUGUCGUUUUGGGCUGAAGGCCACGCGAGCACACGAAGAUGCAUCCAGAGCGAAGACCCCAUUAAUGUGGAAACACGAAGACGCCUGGGUGCAAUUGCGAGGCCAGUUAUACAGGAGAUGGGAGCUUCUGGGGGCGUGUUACUCCAAGAUCGGUGAUACUAAGGCCGCUUACAAUGCAUACGUUCAUGCUAUCACUACUUACCCCUUUCUUGAACCCCCGUUUCUUGAUUUAGUGGAGUCGGGAAACAUAACUAAGGCAUUCGAGGCCUCACCCGCUUCAAGGCAAAUUGGGAACAUCAUCGACCGGGUUACAUAUAUGGCGACGCAGGAUAUGUUCCGCGAGCCGGAAGACGUUCCGUUGACGUCAGCAUUUGAGCACGCUUGGCCAAACGGCGUUGAAUCGAGGUUUAAUCUUGUGAUAGCCGCAGUGCUGGAGAGGCAGGCCGAGAGUCUCAUAGCGAGCCGAUGGAAGGAGAAUGUCAGCAUCGCGAUCCUAGCGUUGCUGGAAGCCGCGCUUGCGAUUUAUACACCAGAGAAGUGGCCGUAUAGAAGGGCUAGAUUGCUGCUCAAGAUCCUCGAAACCACAUAUCACACCAGUGCGGAACCUGUUAGAAGGAGGGGUCGGGACUUUCAGCAGAUAGGCGAGGAGAUCCAGAAAUUAAUCGCCCAUUCGCAGGAUAUCGGAUGUGAUGAUGUUAUUCGGAUGUACGGAGACGAGUACAUCGUCUCGGCGCAUCUGUGGAUAUCCUUACACUAUCAUCGCGAACAGCGUGUUACGGAUUGUCUCCAGUCAGCUCAAUCCGCCUGGGACGUAAGUAAGAGGAAGUUCCUCCAUCUCAGUCAGCGAACCCCCGCCAAAAGCAUGGCGGCCAAAGGGUUGAGCUCUCCAAAGAGGGCCAGAGCGGCGCCCAAAGGCAGGACAACGACGAUCAAGAAGGGCGCUCUACCCAGGCCCUCAAUACGGCCCGUAGUUUCGGCACGCUCGAAACAAUCCCGGACAACGACAUCUCGGAUUAAAGCGAAGGAUCCUGUCACCCCGAAGCCUCGACACGUGUUUGAGGCUCCCUCUCGUAGCCCCGUCACACCGCCACGGAAGGCAGAUGCUGCUGUAUCAACGAUGGUGCUCGAUAAUCCCGAGAAGUUGUUGACACUAUUCGACACCACGUGUCAAUUGAUUGGCCUCAUCGGUCAUAUUUCGCUGAGGAUCAGAUUACUCAGCGUCGCUCGGCGAAUAUGUGAAUCAUCUCUGGACAGUCAUAUUGAACGUUUUGUCAAGGUUUCCACGGAGUUGGCUCGCAACUAUGCCACUCUAGGAAAAUCUUAUAAAGCAGCUUUGAUAUUCCAACAAGGGGCGGAUGUCAUCAGCAGAUUUCAGACUCGUGUAUCAACUGACGUGCGCCUGCUCUUCCUGCUCCACCAUGCGGCCACUCUGGCAUUGAUGGACGAUAUUCAUACAAGUGCGAAGCUCUACUGCGAGGCCGUCGCACUGUCCAGCGCCACUAAGGACGAAGAAAGGGGCGUCUCCACCAGUGAUCGGGUUCGGUCUCGGGCUCGGCGCCUAGUGCGAACUGCGACAGCAUCGGAUGUGUAUGCUAUCAUCCAAUCCGCGAGGGCUGAACCUGCUGAGAGUCUGAGCGCAAUGUUGCGAUCACUCCGCUUGUGGAACCGUGCGGUAGAAGCAUUGUCCCGAUUAGCUCCCCGACCGAACGAUCACAAUGCCUCUCGAGUAUCGGUCAUCGAUGGUUCAGAAUGGGCAAUCUCAGAGGGUCUUCUCCUUGCCAUGUUCUCGGUUAGUCGGAUGUACCUCGUGCGAGGGUCUGCACGAGAAGCGCAAUACUUCGCUCAGCAAACCGAGGAGCUAGCCAUGUCCUUAAGUGCAUAUGCGAUGAUUGCGAGAGCACUCGCCGGACAGGCAGAGAUACAGCUACAUCUCCGGCAACUUGAAGAUGCCAAAAAUCUCAUUUCCCGUGCCGCUGCGAUGGUGGAAGAUUUACCUGGUAUCGAGGCAGCUGACAUCUACCGCCUUCACGGCGAUUACAACAGACUAUCGGCUCGUCGAGAAGAUGCUCACAAACUUUACACUGAGGCUACAGCCACGCUGGAUGGCCUUGCUAUGUCGUUCUCCGUUAUAGAUGCUCUUGUGACGAGACCGAGCACAGCUACUGUCACCAAAGCAGAAGAUUCGAGCUUCGAGACAUUGGCACCGCGUUUACUGUCAACUAUCCUGUGGCAACAAAUAUGGCUGCUCAGGGAAAACGUCAACGACGAAAACUACCGAGUUUUGCUGGACAGACUACUCGCUCUGCCAUCGUCAACAGACGCGGAACAGAACUCACUGAUCGCAAAGCUCACACUACAUGACAUCUUCUCCCGAUUUCGUUCGGAUAUCUAUUUGAGCACGCUGGGCGAGACAGCAAUCGCAAUCCCUAUGGGCAUGUUGAGCGAUAAGGGCACAAGCCCGCCUGCUUCGUUACAGGAGGUCCUUGGUAUAUUUGCCGGCGCCGAGCAGCUUUGGUGGGCUAACCUGGCCUCAACGGCAAUGAAGGGCGAGGUUUUGCGCGUCCGAGACGGCGCUCUAUCCCUAGCAUCGGUGCAGGCCCUUCAAGCCUCUCUAGGGCAGAAUCCGGAGACAGGACCUAUCGUAGCCAUGCGACUCCUUGAUAUCGCGGCAUCGUUGACUAUACGCCGUGAAAUGCUCGAGGCAACUCGUCACAAAAUCUCGGAGCUCGAGGCAGGAGAUGACCUAGCGUGGUCGCUGAUGACGCCGAAUGGAUCGCCUCUAGGGCCCGCAAGGAACAGCACCCCCAAGCCAAGCUGGGACUCGGACUCGGAAGAGGACGAAGACAGCAACGCUGAAGCCGACGGGUUAAGUGUCUACUGGAAAGGGAUUUACGGCAAAUAUCAACAGCUGCCGAUGGAUGUCUCCAGCCUCUCUUCUUCUCAGGCUGAGCAGCUCCCUGAUAAUUGGGUCGUUGUCAACAUCAAUCUCGCCGAGGACCGCGAUACCUUGUAUAUCAGCAGACAAAGGAAGGGCAAGGACUCUCUUAUGUUCUGUCUGCCCUUGAAAGGUAGACGGGAUAGUGACGAGGAAAAUCACCUAACACUCGACGGUGCGGUGGCUGAGAUGAAGGAUAUCGUCAAGCUUAACGACGAGGGAACCAGGAGUGCCGCCACGGUCGAUGUCAAGGAUAAGCAGGCCCGGGUAGCAUGGUGGGCUGGUCGUACCGAACUUGAUCAACGUCUGCGAGACCUCUUGGAAAACAUAGAGUUCUGCUGGCUAGGGGCAUUCAAGACAAUCCUCAGCCCAGCGAUCGCUGUAAACGGUGGUGCCCUUGCCCACUUUCGCGAAGGUCUGGAAAAGGUUCUCAAGCGCGGAUUGAACUUGCGAAACAAGAAGGAGAUGUCACGCCUACGGCUGAGCGACGGACUCCUCGAAUGCUUUUCUAAUCUCUCCCCACAAUGCCGCGAUGAGGAACUCGAAGAUCUCGUCUAUUUCAUGCUGGACCUUUACCAAUUCCACGGCGUAGCUGUUGCUGUUUCGGAAAUCGACGUGGAUCAAGUGGCGGUAGACUUGCGCUCUGUUCUUGAAGAGCACGCCAAGCGCAGCGGCUCGCCUACGACAAACAACGACAGCCAUCUGUUCCUCGUUCUGGAUAAGGAUCUUCAAGGCAUUCCUUGGGAAUCCAUUCCCGUAUUGAGGGGUAAAAGUGUCAGCCGAAUUCCGUGCAUGGAGUUCCUGUUAGACCGCCUCCAAUUUGAGGAUUGGCAGAGGUCAUCGGUAACUGGCUCCUCCCCAAAGCCAAACAACAAGGCCGCGGACCGGGCCACCGUAGACCCGCGGAGAACGUACUAUCUCCUGAAUCCCAGUGGAGAUCUUAAAGGAACUCAAAGUCGGUUCAGCGACUGGCUAGAGACGAUGAGAUCUGUGGGCUGGCAAGGUAUUACCGGGCGGCCGCCUAGUGAACAGCAGUUCCUGGAUGCCUUGAACCGGAAAGAUCUCGUGAUCUACUUCGGCCACGGAGGUGCAGAGCAAUAUGUUCGCUCGCACAAAGUCCGGCACUUGUCACGUUGCGCAGCGACCUUGCUCUGGGGUUGCUCGUCAGGUGCCCUAAAGGAGAUGGGCGACUUUGACCGGGUUGGUACACCCUAUAACUACAUGGUCUCUGGAUGUCCAACCCUUGUCGCGAAUCUUUGGGAUGUGACGGACAGGGACAUCGACAAGUUUUCUCAGGCUGUCUUUGACAAGUUACGCCUUGACCCCGACCAUGUGAAGAACUGGGACGGCGCAGAAGGAGGCAAAGUUUCGCUGAUGGAGGCCGUCGCGAAAUCUCGCGACGUUUGCAAGCUGAAGUACCUGAAUGGAGCUGCACCGGUGGUAUACGGUAUCCCAUUCUAUCUUUGA